GUUUGAUGGAAGCGCGUCAGACUUCCAUCGACACCCACCCCGCCAAAGCGCCCGAAGGCAGACCUCUGGAAAUCGGGGUACAGAUCAUCGCCACUCUCUAUACAGUCGCCGUGAAGCGACCGCCACCUUUGCAGGCAGUGCGAAAGUAAAUAAGGACCUCACUGUUGGGCGCCGAGGAUAUUGAUCAUCAACCGCGGUGGGAUCUGUGGCUCCUUUAGGGAACACAAAAGAGGACAAAUACUAUAGAAAUGAUUCUCCUGUAGGGGGGGGCUUACUGAAGUAUUGUCGACAUGAAGAAAAAAAAGAAAAAGAAGAAUGGAAAGGAGGG